AUGGGCGGGAAUGAAGCCAUCAACAAUAACCCUUCGAAUGCCAACUUUCGUCUGAGCACUCAUGGUUCAGACUGGUUGUGGACUACUUUUUGCAUCUUCACCGUAUCUCUCCUGAUUAUGGUUGCGAUGGCAUUCCGGCGCCCCCGCGGCAUGCGCUUGUUCCAUCAGAUCGCCAUAGUGGUACUCACCACUGGAAUGUUGGCGUACUUCUCGAUGGCCUCCAACCUUGGAUCUACGCCCGUGCAGACCGAAUUCCGCGGCCGAGGCACGCGCCAGAUUUUCUUCGUGCGAUACAUCAACUGGCUCAUCACAUUCCCUCUUCUCCUUCUGGAGCUCCUUCUCGCCACUCCUCUUUCGCUUUCCGACAUCUUCACGACCAUUUUCAUGGGCAUCGUCCUCGUCAUCAUGGGCCUGGUAGGCGCCCUCGUUACAAGCUCCUUCAAGUGGGGCUACUUCGUUUUCGGUGUCGCAGCCCUCUUCUACGUAUGGUAUAUCCUGCUGUGGCACGCACCCCGCACUGGCACCUUUGCUGCUGGCGGUGUGCUUCGUCGCGGAUACAUGACGGCCGCAGGUUACCUCUCCUUCCUCCUCCUCCUCUAUCCGAUCGCUUGGGCGUGUGCCGAGGGCGCCAAUGUCAUCACGGUCACAUCGGAGAUGAUCUGGUACGGCAUUCUCGACCUAUUCGCAGGGCCGAUGUUCCUCUUCCUCUUCCUCUACGAACUUCGUGACGUCGACUAUCAAUCGUUCGGCUUGCAAUCCGGGAAGUACACCGACAAGUCAGCGUACAACACCAGGCAGGCCGACGCGCCUACGGGCUCCCACCAGAAUCUUUCCCGUACCUCUACAGCCCCCAGCCCCUCUACCGCCCCCGCCCCCGCCAAUGGUGCCGAGCGUGUUUGA